AUGUGUAGGUCACUGCGUUACUGCGUUAGUCAUUGUCUCUAUGCAGCAAUGACAAGGCUAGAAGAAGCAAACAGAGAAGUGAACAUGCACUCUUCGGUCAGAUACCUUGGCUAUCUUGCCAGAAUCAACCUCCUAGUUGCCAUUUGCAUGGGCCUGUAUGUCAGAUGGGAAAAAACUGCAGAUGCACUGAUUUUGGUAAUAUUUAUUCUGGGGCUCUUUGUUCUUGGAAUUGCCAGCAUACUGUACUACUAUUUUUCAAUGGAAACGGCAAGUUUGAGUCUCUCCAAUCUUUGGUUUGGUUUUUUGCUUGGCCUUCUCUGUUUUCUGAAUAAUUCUGCCUUCAAAACGGAUGUGAAAGAAGAAGCUACUAAAUAUUUGCUCCUCUCCGCCAUUGUUUUAAGGAUAUUAUGUGCUUUGGUUGAGAGGAUUUGUGGUUGUAUCCAUUAUCGACCGACUCUGCUGACGACGGUUGAAUUUUUGGAGCUAGUUGGAUUUGCAAUUGCCAGCACAACUAUGCUGGUAGAAAAAUCUGUGAGUAUUAUUCUGCUGGUCAUGGCUUUGGCCAUGUUGAUUAUUGACUUACGUAUGAAGUCUUUUUUGGCAAUUCCAAAUUUGGCAAUUUUUGGAGCCAUUGCAUCCUUACUCUUUUUUCCAUCACUGCAAAUCCCCACAAACCCUUUUGCCUUGGCAUGUUUCUUCAGCUGCCUGAUUUCGGAUCCCCUUCUCGACGUUUACUUCAGUGGACUUUCAGUUACGGAACGAUGGAAGCCCUACUUGUACCGUGGUAAAAUUUGCAGAAGACUUUCUGUUGUCUCAGUUGGAGUCGUUGAACUAAUCUUUUUCAUUCUUGCAGCCUUUAAAUUACGUGAUUUGGAUCUCUGGUAUUUUGUGAUACCUGGGUUUUCUAUUUUUGGAAUUUUCUGGAUGAUCUGUCAUGUGAUUUUUUUUAUAACUCUUUGGGGAUUUCACACAAAACUAAAUGACUGUCACAAGGUAUACUAUACCCACCGUGCAGAAAACAACAGCCUCGACAGAGUUAUGGCGUCAAAAGGAAUGCGUCACUUCUGUUUAAUUUCGGAACAGCUAGUAUUUUUCAGCCUUGUCGCGACUGCUGUUUUGGGGGCUGUUUCUUGGCAGCCAACCAAUGGGAUCUUCAUGAGUGCAUUUCUCAUCGUUUUACCUCUGGAAUCCAUGGCUCAUGGGCUUUUCCAUGAACUGGGAAACUGCUUGGGAGGAACGUGUGUUGGAUAUGCUGUUGUGAUUCCCACCAACUUUUGCAGUCCUGAUGGCCAACCCACUCUUCUUCCACCGGAGCAUGUACAAGAGUUAAAUCUGAGGUCUACUGGCAUGCUUAAUGCCAUCCAAAGAUUUUUUGCGUAUCACAUGAUUGAGACAUAUGGUUGUGACUACUCUACAAGUGGAAUGACCUUUGAUACCCUUCACUCCAAGAUCAAGUCUUUUCUUGAACUUAGGACAGCGGAUGGACCCAGACAUGAUACCUACAUUUUAUAUUACAGCGGUCACUCACAUGGCACUGGCGAAUGGGCACUGGCAG